UCCCGUCGCGCGCUCCUUCCCUCCGCCAGGCGGGGGGCGGCGAGGAGGGCGAUGGCGAAGACCGUGGCCUAUUUCUAUGACCCAGAUGUUGGCAACUUUCACUACGGAGCUGGACAUCCCAUGAAGCCUCAUCGCCUGGCGCUGACCCACAGUUUGGUGCUGCACUACGGACUCUACAAGAAAAUGAUUGUAUUUAAGCCAUACCAAGCAUCCCAGCACGAUAUGUGCCGUUUUCACUCAGAAGAUUACAUUGAUUUCCUUCAGCGGGUGAGUCCAAACAACAUGCAAGGAUUUACCAAGAGCCUCAAUGCUUUCAAUGUGGGGGAUGACUGUCCGGUCUUCCCAGGGCUGUUUGAAUUUUGCUCUCGCUACACUGGGGCCUCCUUGCAAGGAGCAACACAGCUGAACAACAAGAUUUGUGAUAUUGCAAUCAACUGGGCGGGAGGCCUGCACCACGCAAAGAAAUUUGAGGCUUCUGGUUUUUGUUAUGUCAACGACAUCGUUAUUGGCAUUUUGGAGCUUCUCAAGUAUCACCCACGUGUCCUUUACAUUGAUAUUGAUAUCCAUCAUGGAGACGGCGUUCAAGAGGCAUUUUAUUUGACAGACCGGGUCAUGACUGUGUCUUUUCACAAGUAUGGAAACUACUUCUUCCCCGGUACAGGUGACAUGUACGAAGUUGGGGCGGAGAGUGGCCGUUAUUACUGCCUGAAUGUGCCUUUGCGUGAUGGAAUUGAUGAUCAAAGUUACAAGCACCUUUUCCAGCCAGUCAUUAAUCAAGUAGUAGACUUCUACCAGCCCACCUGCAUCGUGCUACAGUGUGGUGCUGACUCACUAGGUUGUGACCGUCUGGGUUGCUUUAACCUCAGUAUAAGAGGACACGGUGAGUGUGUGGAAUAUGUCAAGAGUUUCAACAUCCCCCUGCUGGUGUUAGGCGGCGGCGGCUACACAGUUCGCAACGUGGCCCGGUGCUGGACCUAUGAGACUUCGCUGCUUGUGGACGAAGCCAUUAGCGAGGAGCUCCCGUACAGCGAAUACUUUGAAUACUUUGCUCCUGACUUUACCCUUCACCCUGAUGUCAGCACUAGAAUUGAAAACCAGAACUCAAGGCAGUACUUAGAUCAAAUCCGGCAGACUAUCUUUGAGAAUCUGAAGAUGCUGAACCACGCCCCCAGUGUCCAGAUCCACGAUGUCCCUUCUGAUCUGCUGAGCUACGACCGCCCAGAUGAGCCUGACCCAGAAGAGCGAGGAUCAGAGGAGAACUAUAGCAGGCCGGAGGCUUCCAAUGAGUUCUAUGAUGGCGACCACGAUAACGACAAAGAAAGCGAUGUGGAGAUAUGAGUCCUGGAUCGCGGGAGU